GAAGGCAUAAUAUCGUUCUCGCCAGUGCGACCAUAUUAGUUUCUGCACACUGCACUUAGUUUUUCACCAUACUCAACAGAUCAGAAAUGGACGUAGACAAGGAAGUACAGCGACUAGAGAGCCUCAGCAAAGACUCGCAAGCUAACAUGAGUGAAAUAAUCAGAAUCUAUCGUUGCAUUGCAAAAGAUGCAAGUACUGAUGCGUACAACGCUGUGCCCAUCCUCAACAAAUUAGCCGUUCACUUGCUGUCUCCCGAAGUAACCAGCAUUUUGAAAAAACACCGAUUGGACGCCUUUAGUUAUAUACUAGUCGCCAACAGCUUGCUGGACCUAGAUGAUGUCAAAGAUGACUUGGAAAACGGAGACGUAUUGAUGACUAACGCUCCAGCUACCGAUAUCAGGAAGCUCAAAGCAGAGCUCGGUGUCACGCCAGCAGUCGCAAUACCAACGGCCGCACCCGCCACACAAACGGCCGCACAGGCAUUAUCAGCUCCGUUAGACAAGCUGCAAAUAACGAUGCGCAGUAGCAGUUCUGUGGAUGAAGCUGCAUCCCACAGGGACGAGAACAGGGUAGCGGUGGAAAUAAAAAACCAAUGCAAAGAUAUGAGAAAUUUGAAUGGCAUGAUUUUGUACAAGUUACCAUUGACAGCAACAUCACCUUUCUCGGGAGCAGCUUCCAUCGUCCGGCGGUUCUCCUUCGGUGAGCCCAGCGCUUUAGCGAACAAAACAUGCAAAACUAUUCUUCUGAUGGGCGCCACCGGUUCAGGCAAGACCACCAUGAUCAACGCCAUGAUUAAUUAUGUAUUGGGUGUUCGAUGGGACGAUCCCUUUCGUUUCAUACUUAUCGAUGAAGACGUGACAUCUCAAGCGUUUAGCCAAACCAGAGAGGUGACGGCGUACGACAUCCAUUACAGAAAUGGUUUCCGCGUUCCUUAUUCUCUGACAAUUGUCGACACUCCUGGAUUCGGUGAUACUGAAGGAAUCGAGCGCGAUCAAGAAAUCACUUCGGUCGUCAAGCAAUUCUUUGAAAACAGAGAUGGCAUUCAAGAAUUAGACGCUGUUGGUUUUGUAGUGCAGUCUGCGCUGGCUCGCCUCACGAGCUCUCAGACGUACAUCUUCAAUUCGGUGUUGUCCAUUUUCGGCAAAGAUAUUGGGGAAAAUGUUCGCUUCCUGGUCACUUUCGCUGAUGGAAGGCAACCUCCUGUCUUAGCAGCUAUUAAGAUAGCUAACCUUCCUUGCCAAAUGGAUGACAAGGGAGAGCCGUGUCACCAGAGUUUCAACAACGGUGUAGUCUGCACCUCAAAUCAGGUACCUGGUGAUCGGUUGUCUCCCAUCGAAUGGGACAACGCAAUGCAAAAUUUUCGAUCGUUUUUUGUUGAGUUGUCCAAAAUGCCAAUCAAAUCGCUCCAACUCACCAAAGAGGUACUGAACAGCCGUGAAAGUCUACACAUCACUAUUCAAGGUCUAGAAGCGACCAUCCAGGCGCACUUGAUGAAGAUGGAAGAGCUGCGGAAGAUAGAGGAGAUCAUCGCCUUGAACAAAGAGCAUGUUAACGCUAAUAAGAACUUUGAAAUCACGGUGAAAGUACCCAAGAAGAAAUCGGUUGAGGUUGAAAUGUAUCAGACAGCCCUGAAUUGCUCAAAGUGCGAAGUAACGUGCCAUUAUCCUUGUGACCCGAAUUUGUGGACGGGCUUUUGCCCUGCGUUCUGGCGAUCAGAAAAAUUAUACGGGAUAAAUGUUAGCGAUUUGACAAACAAUGUCACUACCUUACUGUCUUCCAACUAUACUAAUAUUUACAAUACUAUAUUAGAUACAACGGUAAAUACCGCAACCUCUCUAUUUUCGAGUGGUCGCGCGUGCAAGGUCUGCCCGGGAAAGUGCGCAACUGAAGACCACUCAAAUGAACCCACUAGGUGGAUGUACGUUCAAGAAGACGAGACUCGCACUCUGUAUGACAUUCGCAAAAAGUACGACGACGCAAUGGAAAAGACGCUUAGUGCGGAAGAACUGAAGAAUGCCUUGCAAGGAGAGGCGGAGCAGCUGAGAUUUGAAAUCUUUAAAGCGAUGGAUGAGAUCACUCGCUGCUCAAAUCUUUUAAAGAAGAUAGCACUGCGAGGUGAUCCCCUCACCACUCCCGAAUAUAUUAACUUGAUGAUUGAAAACGAGAAAAAAGAGAAAAAACCUGGGCACUGGGAGAGGAUCAAAAGUUUUAAAGACUUACUGAAAAAGGCUAAGCUGACAAAAGACGUUACCGACGGUGGUUAUUUGGCCAAGCAGUUCAAAAAAUAAAAUUGACAUACAUGCUUCUACCAAGAAAUACUGCUGAAGCAUGGAAGAUUUUUUUUUUUCGUUAAUCAUUUUCUUUAAUUAUUAUAGUAAAAAAAAAAUUUGGCGGGCUAUCACAGCAAAGUAAGUUGGCUUUCACGUGCGAUUGCAAAAAUUUUUAAAUUUCAUAUCCUUUUUUUUUUUUUAUUUGUCGAGGUUUAGAGGGUAAAGGGUUAAAAUGUAUAACUGAAUAAAUUCACCUAUCAAAAUCAAA